GGUCAGAAAACGCACGCGCCACUCUCACUCAGUCUGAAAAAGCGCGCGAAAGCUCCAUAGCAGUCCGUGCGACGAAGCAGAAUGCCGGAGCUUCCGGAGGUGGAGGCGGCGAGGCGGGCCGUGGAGGAGCACUGCGUGGGGAAAAAGAUAAAGAAGGCGAUCAUAGCAAACGACACCAAAGUCAUCGACGGAGUCUCGCCCUCGGACUUCGAGGCCGUUCUCCUGGGCAAGACCGUAAUUUCAGCCCGCCGCAAGGGCAAGAACCUCUGGCUCCAGCUCGAUUCCCCUCCCUUCCCUUCCUUCCAAUUCGGCAUGGCGGGUGCUAUAUAUAUUAAGGGUGUUGCAGUUACAAAAUACAAGAGGUCUGCUGUAAAUGACACUGAUGAAUGGCCAUCCAAAUACUCAAAGUUUUUUAUAGAACUAGAUGAUGGUUUGGAGCUGUCCUUCACUGACAAGAGGCGAUUUGCUAAAGUCCGCUUACUCAAAGAUCCAGCUGCAGUACCCCCCAUAUCUGAGCUUGGACCUGACGCACUUUUGGAGCCUAUGACAAUUGAUGAAUUUAUUGAAUCCUUGAGCAAGAAGAAAAUUGCAAUUAAGGCUUUAUUACUUGACCAGAGCUACAUUGCAGGUAUUGGCAAUUGGAUCGCGGAUGAAGUGCUAUACCAAGCAAGAAUUCAUCCACUGCAAGUUGCUGCCAGCCUUUCCAAGGAAAACUGCAGAGACUUACACAAGUGCAUAAAAGAGGUCAUUGAGAAAGCAAUUGAAGUUGGGGCGGAUAGUAGUCAGUUUCCUAAAAACUGGAUAUUUCAUUCCCGCGAAAAGAAGUCUAAGGCUUUUGUUGAUGGGAAGAAAAUUGAUUUCAUCAAUGCUGGUGGCAGGACAACAGCAUAUGUACCAGAGUUACAAAAGCUAAGUGGAAACCAAGCUGCAAAAGCAGUGGGUGAACCCAAAAAGAGAACUUCAAAGAAAAAAGGUGGUGGGAAAGAUGACAGUGAUGAACCAGCAAACAAGGAAGAGGAAAUUAUUGAAAGUGAUGAACUGAAGAAAGGACCUAAGCCUAGAGGUCGAACUAAAAAGCCUCUUAUGAAAAGAAAAAUUGAGGAUAGUGACGAUGAUGAGGGAGGUGAUAAUGAUAUUGGCGGUGCUGCUGCUGCUGAUAGUGAUAGUGAUGAAGUUCAAAAGAAGAAAAUGAAAAAAGCAACCUCUAAGGCAGAGAAGGCAUCCAAGAGAAAGGUGCAAACCAGUCAAAAUAGUAAGAAGGCAAAGAAGAAAGCAAAGUAGGUAGGUAACAAGAUAUUGAGAAGGUUGUCAUCCCCAGUGCAUGUUGUGGAAGAACUGAAGGACCAGAAUAUUUUGUUUGUAACUGUUGUCAGUAGGCUGACCUAUUUUUUUCAUGGAACUGGUCAAUCCUAACCUUUUUGUCAUGCACAUAACUUCUAUCAUG